GUUCUACUUUGGACAACCACAAACUUCAUCCCUAUUCGUAAUACCGGCUCAAUUCGACGAUUUGCAAGUUUCUGCAUUGACAUUAUAAGACUGCUACCAUGCCUCCCGGUCGCAAACGCCGUUCUGAAGUACAAGAUAAUGCGCAUGCCGCAGACUCAGACGACGAACAACGCCCCUCACAGCGACGGCGACAAUCUCCGGAGAACCCCUCAGGUGCAUCCGAUGUCAGCGAAGACGAGGGCCAUCGCGCACCGAGCAGUCUAGAUGUCAUGGUGAAAAAGAUGGUGCGACUAGCAUUAUCCAGCGAAUACGCACGACUGCCAAUUCGAAGAACUGAUAUUAGCGCAAAAGUUCUAGGCGAGCAGGGUUCAAGGCAAUUCAAGGCGGUGUUUGAGGAUGCACAAAAAGUUUUACGGCAUCGGUUUGGCAUGCAAAUGAUAGAGCUGCCGGCAAAGGAUAAAGUGACCAUUACUCAGCGUAGAGCGGCGCAACGUGUCGAGAAGUCAUCUACAGGGAACAAGUCUUGGAUGGUAAUGAGCACUCUACCUCCACCGUUCCGCACACCAGAGAUAUUACCACCAUCAAAGGCUCCGACAUCAUUCCUUGAUAGUACAUAUACAGCGCUCUACACAUUCAUUAUAUCAGUCAUUACUUUAUCCGGUGGCUCCAUACUCGAACAAAAGCUCGAUAGGUAUUUGAAAAGAACCAACAUCGAACAAUAUACGCCUGUCGAUCGCACAGAUCGUCUACUACAACGUCUCUGCAAGGAAGGUUACUUGGUGCGGAAUAGGGAGAUGGAUGGCGCAGAAGAGAUUAUUGAGUACAUGGUUGGGCCUAGAGGGAAAAUCGAAGUCGGCGAAAGCGGAGUAUCCGGUUUGGUCAGAAAGGUUUAUGGACGCAAUGCAACAUCUGAAGAAGAGGCAAACGAUGAUUUUGAGGCGAGAUUGGCUCGUAGCGUGGGCUCAAAGCGCGCAGCCGGAGGAGUACAAGAAAUCGAGGUUCAGGGGACGACGAUGCAGAUUAUCGAGGAUAAAGGACGAGCUCCUAAACAGCUACAAUGCUUCCGCCACCUGCAUGUCGACAAUGCCUACGACAGGUACAGAUACGUCCGCACCUAUCAUCCCGGUCGUAGCUCUCAAUUGCGUUCCUCUAUCCCUCCCAACAAACGAGCUGGAGAGGUCAACCCCCUUCGAUCUUCCGGACCUGCACGAAAGACCAGUCAAGUGCAACAUGAAGCUGCCAUUGCGCACUACAGACGGCGCAUGGCGCUCUCCGCGGCCGGUAUCGUUAUAUGUGGUAUUACGAUGUAUGCGACUGUCAAAAGCAAUGCGUUCGGCUUACCUGAGGAAGCGAGCAACACCCCAAAACAAGAAGAGCAAGGAGACAAACCCCGUAAUUCGAAUAACGGAAGCAUCAGACUUGAUGGACCCUCCGAGAAAUUCCCAAGCAGCCCAUCAGUAAUCCGCAUACAGGGUCAGGAUGGUGCCGAACAAGUCAAGACAGGGAAUAGCGCAGUACCACUAUUUCCGACAACCAUCAAACUUCCCAAGUCAUUGAGUGACACGAUGUUGACACCCGGUCAAGACUUACCUGUUGCACCUGAAUCGGAAGAGGAAUACCAAUUACUCGGGUUCGGGAUACGGACUGUUUCCUUUCUGGCUAUUCAAGUAUACGUGGUAGGGCUAUAUGUGGCCAAGUCAGAUAUCGGCACCCUUCAGCGACGGUUGGUCCAAACUGGAGUUCAGGCUCCCAAUGUUAUUGCGGAGGGUCAAUCCGGCCCGGCGGGUGCAGCUGAAGCAGCAACGUCGCUCGUAUCUACGGAACGAGACGCAUUGAAGAAAUUAUUACUCGACCCUGAAUACGGCGAAGAAGCAUGGACAUCGAUCCUGAAAGAAGGAAAUAUACGCACCGCGAUUCGGAUUGUACCGACCCGCAACACGGAUUUUAUGCAUUUGCGAGAUGCAUGGGUACGACACAUGACGAAUCGAGCGCAGAAGGACGUAGCCAGAAUCAAGGAUCUGGUCAAAUCAAGUGGUGACGCGACGUUACGCAGCGAAUUCGAUGACGAGAGCUUUGGAAAGGCGGUUAGUGAAUUCAAGACGUUACUGGGCGGCGGAUCUCGCAAGAACAUUCCCAAGGGACAAGUUCUUUUAUUGCUGCGCGAUCAACAGGGCGCUCUUGAUGCGCUUUUCCAGGGGGAUCCUAAGGAACCUAUACAAUGGUUGGGUCGGGUUACGGAUGAACGCGUUAGUCGUUGUGUAUGGUUGAAUUAUCUCGCUGGAAAGCAGGUUGCGAGCGAGCCUACGAGACAGAGUAUUGUGGAAGGAACAAUGGGUAUUGUGGAGAGACCUGUUGGGACUGUUACGCAGAAGGUUGUUUAG